AUGGCCUCAAGCUCAAGUGACCAGAUCAUUCUGGAUCAUAUUCAGAAGAGAUGGAAGCUUACAGAGUUCCCCGAGGCCUGGCGAAAUCUUCCUGAAAUCCCCAACAAAAAUGAGAUAUGCCCCCGCGUUGACGCCCUAGUCGAGGCAAGAGUUGAACCGGAGCAGUGGGAUGAUUACCAGAGAGACCCAAUCUAUAACCCAACGUUGCCCGAAAAUACCAUCCAGGGUCCUUGGCCAUCCAAGGCGGAUUAUAUCGGCGCGCAUUACCAAAUCCUUCGCGAGGAUGCCAUUGCACCGCUUCGCAAAGCUGUCGCAGAAUAUAAGCGUCGGCCGAAUAUGAUGGAAGCCGGAGAUACACACAUCUACACCCACGUCACUUUCAGGGGACUCCAGUUGAGCCCUAUCGGAGCGGCGUUUCGGGUGGAGUUCUCCCAUGAGCGGGCUGGGAAACAAAUUAGAUGGGAACAGUCAAAGCGUCUCAUACAGGGAAGCAUUGUCGCAUUAACACCUCAGUCUGAUAACUUCCAUAAUGUCUGCAAAAUCGCCGUCAUCGCUGCGCGCCCAAUUAUUGGUGGCCUAGACCAAAACCCACCCCAAGUAGAUAUAUUCUGGGGGGAUGAUAAAGACGCAGUCUUUGAUCCUAGCGAGGAAUAUGUAAUGGUCGAAGCUCGAUCUAGUUACUUCGAGGCUUACCGCCAUAUGCUAGAAGCCAUGCAAAAGCUCAUGACUGAAAACUUCUCGCUUGCGAACCAUAUCGUCGAUCUUGAUCCAGACCUGCAUGCGCCGAUAUACGUGGAAGACCAACCUAUUCUGGACCUGUCGCCCCUGGUUCCUCCUGAGCAGGCGGCCAAACCCACAGAAGACGGAUCCACCCUCGAAGAGAGCCUGCAGAAUGUUGACAUACUCCAAAAUUUUCCAGCAAUCCCGGAAUCAGGCAUGGAUUCAUCCCAGACGAAUGCUCUUAGGAGCAUGUUGAGCCGAAAGGUUGCAAUCAUUCAAGGCCCCCCAGGAACUGGCAAGACGUUCGUCUCAGUUGCAGCUUUGAAGGUGAUGCUUGCGAACAUGGAACCCGGCGACCCUCCCAUUGUUGUCUCGGCACAAACAAACCAUGCUUUGGACCAGCUAUUGAAUCAUAUACUAGCAUUCGAGCCUAACGUUUUGCGACUAGGCGGAAGAUCCAGCAAGGAAAAUGAGGAGAUAUUAAAGCGCACCUUGUACGAGUUGCGGCAAAACACGAGGGGCGUUCCGGGCGCGCACCAUCACAUUAGGUUAGCAAGGUCGGCGCUUGACCUACGUACUGAGGAGAUAUGUCGGAUUCUUUCGCCUCUUGCCAAUCAGGAUAUUCUGGACACGGCCACAUUGCUACACCACGGUAUCAUCACGCAAUCCCAAUAUGACUCCCUUGGUGGAGAUGACUGGGAUGGUGAAGAUUCUGGAAAUGUUGGAUUUAAGUCUUGGCUUCGUCCAGACCAAUUUGAUGCCAUUCCAAGAACUCCCCCGGUCAAUACUGACCUUCCGAUGGAGGAAGGAGAUAUUGAGAAAGAGCAGCUUCGGGAGCUUGAGAUGGAGGCUCAGACUAAUAUCCACGAAGAAAAGGAAAGCAACCGAGAGGCACUAACUGGCAAAUGGCUCGGUUUUAUACGCACGGUGAACGGAAGGGGCUCUGGUAUCGAUGACCGAGAUAUUAAAAAGCUUCUCUCGGCCUCCAACUCGUUGCAUAGCAUUCCCGCUCCCAAGCGUGGCGAUGUAUACCGAUACCUCGUGAAAAAGCUCGACAACAAGAUGCGGAGGGAACUCAGAGCACGUCUUGUAAAAUACAGGGAAGCUGUAGAUUCCUAUCACUUUGCCAAGUGGGUUGCAAAUAUCAAGUUGAUCAAGCACGUAGGCAUAAAACUAAUCGGCUGCACAACUACUGGCCUCUCCAAAUAUCGCGGUCUCCUUGCAUCUGUCCAACCUAGAGUAAUCCUGAUCGAAGAAGCUGCCGAAACUCUGGAGGGAACCAUCAUCGCAGGGAUGCUCGACAGCCUACAGCAUCUGAUCUUAGUUGGUGAUCACCUUCAGCUUCAGGCUAGUUGUAACGUCAAAGCUCUAGAAGAUCAUCCAUAUCAUAUGAACGUGUCUAUGUUUGAGCGCCUGGUCCAGAACUCCAUCAGCUACGUUAUGCUAAACAGACAACGACGCAUGGUUCCCGAAAUUCGAGGGCUUCUGUGCGUUGCGCCGUCGCCCUUCUACAACAACCUAACCGACCACCCAUCAGUUCUAGAUCGCACCACAAACCGCCCUCCAAUCCCAGGCAUGGGUGAUCGAACUACCUAUUUCUUCCACCACAACUGGCCAGAAGCACGAAAUUCAGACUCUAGCAGGUAUAACCUCGAUGAAGCACGGAUGGUUGUCGGCCUCUUCAACCACCUUGUACUCAAUGGGGUCGAUCCUUCGAAGAUCACUGUCUUGACGUUUUAUAAUGGCCAACGAAAAACUAUACUACGGGAGUUGAAAAACCACAACGCCCUUCGAGGUACCACCUACUUCAAUUGCUUCACUGUAGAUAGCUAUCAGGGUGAAGAAAACGAUAUCAUCCUGUUGUCUCUCGUUCGCAGUAACCGACACCUUGGAAUCGGCUUCCUAGAAAGCAAGAACCGCCUUGUUGUUGCACUAUCCAGAGCUCGUCGUGGUCUCUACCUCUUUGGUAAUGCCUUGACAUUGGCGGCUGCUGAGGGCUCCGAGGAUACUUUCGGCCGAGAUCCACUCUGGGAACCCAUUAUUCAACACAUGCGCUGUCAAAAUCGGUUCAACUUGGACUCCGGGCUUCCGGUUACAUGCUCGACUCAUAACAGAACCUUGGUUGUGGACGUACCCGAUGACUGGAUUCAUCUCGCUGGCGGCUGCAACGAGAGGUGUGGUGAUAACUUGACAUGUGGACAUCCUUGCCCGUACGCUUGCCACCCGUUUGAACAUUCUCAGGUGGCCUGUCAGCAUACUUGCCUACAAAUUUUAGCAUGUGGUCAUGGUUGUAGUGGUACUUGUAGUGCGCCUUGCUCUUGCUCGAAGUGCGAAAUGGAUGCCGAUGACCUCCCCCCAGAGUUGGAAGAGCUUUCUGUCUCUCAGGAAAAUAGCCCAACAAGACGUUCUGUGCGACAAAAUGGUUUGACUUUGCCAUCCGCGAAUCUCUCUACGCUUUCUUUUGCUGCAACUGUUAGAAUGGCGCCACCUACCAGUUUAGAUGUCAGAAAUAGCCCGGAUUUCAUAUCAAAACGAUCACCCCAGAACAAAUUCCGCUUCAACGAUCCGCAGGGUGGACUGCACAACCCAAGGGCAGGACAGCGCAGCACUAUUGCAACCCUACCUAGGCAGAAUCUGGGUCCAGCUGCAUGGAAAAACUGGGAUGCACAAAAGUCCGAUGCUGAAUAUCUCGCAAGACGUCGAGCGGAAGAGGACCAGGGCCAGAAGACUGAUUCGUCAAAGGUAGCAUUCAGUGAAUCCUACCAGAAGGUCACUGUGAGCCAAAAUGGAAAUCGGGUAAAGGCUCCUAGAGGGCCUAUUCGUAGAGUCGUUGAGGGCGUCGAAGUGGCUACUAAUGUUGCUAUCGGCAAUGCUAUCGAUUCCAGCACCAGGAUUGCUACCCGCAAUGUUAUAGGUACCAGCAAGGGAACCGAUGCAAGAAAUACUACCGAACCUGCCACCGGCCUCAGCAAACUCAACCUCAAUGGGGAAGAGGAAAAGGACCUGCUCAGUUUCAAUGAACCCGCCGAAUUGCAAAUUCCUACCAUCGCCAGCCCUCAGUCAUCGACUUUGCUGGCCAACGACUUCGACACGUUCGAGUCCAAGUUUCACAAGAGCUAA